GGAAAAUAGAAGGGGAACUUGGGCUUGCUUGGAUUAUGAAAAGGGUUCUUCUCCCCAUAUUUUGUGUCAUAUUGCCAAUGUUGACAUCUCACCCUGGCUCGUCAAAUGCAAUUUACUUUUGCUGGUGAUGUCUUCAGGUGAUGAACUAAAUGAUUCAAGAGUACAUUUACUACUCAUAGGAACGAUAGUUCCAACAGUUUUGGGUACGGUGUUUGUGGCUGGACGUCUCUAUACUCGGGGAGUCAUCACUAGAAACUGGGGAUGGGAUGAUUUUUGUAUUGUUAUAGCAUGGUUCCUUACCGUAUGUGUUGCAGUCACGAAUGCACUCUUCUGCAACUAUGGCGGCGGCCGUCACGUUGAACUUCAGACCCCAUCGGACCUAAAACCCUUCUUCAUCCUCGCCUUCGCAUCUCGAAUCCUGUACCAAGUAUCUCUCAUGAUGGUAAGAGUUGCCAUCUGUCUGGUCUAUUCUCGAAUCUUCCAAGAUAGACUGAGUAAAAUCAUCGUAUACAGUCUAUUGGCUUUCCAAAUCGUAUCGACGAUUCCUCUUACGUUGAUUGUGGUUUUUCAAUGCGAUCCAAUCGCUUCGCAGUGGGACUUCAGCAUAGAACAGGUUCAUUGCAUUGAUACCUUGCCGGGAAUCAUUACUUUUACCGCUUGUAGUAUUUUCAGUGAUGUGGCGCUUAUUGUUUUCGUCGUACCGAGAGUUUUACCCCUCAAAAUCAAUAAACGUCAAAAGGCAACACUAGUUGCGAUCGUCAGUUUUGGUGUCCUCGUCAUCAUCGCUUCCAUCAUUCGCUUCGUUCGCUCUAAACCUAUUUUCUCGGAGAAAGAUUAUACGUGGGACCUAUGGGAAAUUACAACGUGGUCGAGUAUUGAACUCAAUACUGCAUUAUUCUGUGUUAGUGCUCCGUGUUUGAGACCGCUAGUCAGGAAACUGGUACCCGAUAUCACGUGGUUGAAGAGUGCGGUGACUGCGAGUAGGAGUCAGGCUACCUCAGCUGGAGGGAGAAGAAAGAGCUCGGCUAUGGGUUUGCAUGGGAAUAAUGCGAAUGGAGUAAUGGGGGGAGAAGAGAUUGCCCAGAAUGAUUUUAGAAUGGCCUCGAGAUUCACAGUGGGUGGAUCAUUAAGUUCUCUCAAUAAUUCUCGACCUGGAAUGGGGAGGAAAGAGAGGAGCAGAGGGAGAAGUAGGGAGGAAUGGGAAAUGAGUGUGAUGGGUUCGCGAAAGGGAUCGAGAGCUAUAGUAGAUGAGGAGGAUUGGAUUGGUCUUGUUGACGAGAGGAUAGAGGAAGAUGAGAGGAUUAAGGAUGGAAUGCAGGGUUUGAGCGAUCUGGUUGUGGGGGUUAGGACGGAGAUCGCUGCGAAAGGAUAUUAGUUUUUUGGGGCGAUUUAAAUGGCGCAAUUGUGAAUAAAUGAAUGGGCGGCUAGGUGCCAGGGGACUUCGUGGAACUCGAAGCAAGGCGUUUAUCAUAUGUACCGACUAUACCACUUUUUUUUUUGGAAACGGAAAGGACGAAAAAGGGAAAGCAGGGGGGCGGGCAAGAAAUAGUCCGAAGAGAAGAUAUGCAUAAUUAA